UCCGAGCCCGCGCCGCGAUGCCCUCGGUGCUCCGAGCGCCGCUCCUGCUGCUGCUGCUGCUGCUGCUGCUGCUGCCGCCAGUGGCCAGCGCCUCAGACGCCGAGUAUCGGCUAUUUGAGAAGCUCUUCGAAGACUACAAUGAGAUCAUCCGGCCGGUGGCCAACGUGUCCGACCCAGUCAUCAUCCAGUUUGAGGUGUCCAUGUCGCAGCUGGUGAAGGUGGAUGAAGUGAACCAGAUCAUGGAGACCAACCUGUGGCUCAAGCAAAUCUGGAAUGACUACAAGCUGAAGUGGAACCCCGCCGACUACGAUGGGGCAGAGUUCAUGCGCGUGCCCGCGCACAAGAUCUGGAAGCCCGACAUCGUGCUGUACAACAACGCCGUCGGGGACUUCCAGGUGGACGACAGGACCAAGGCUCUACUCAAGUACACAGGAGAAGUGACGUGGAUGCCCCCGGCCAUCUUCAAGAGCUCGUGCAAAAUUGACGUCACCUACUUCCCAUUCGAUUACCAAAACUGCACCAUGAAGUUCGGCUCCUGGUCCUACGACAAGGCCAAGAUCGACCUGGUGCAGAUCGGCUCUUCCAUGAACCUCAAGGACUACUGGGAGAGUGGCGAGUGGGCCAUCAUCAAGGCCCCGGGCUACAAGCACGACAUCAAGUACAAUUGCUGCGAGGAGAUCUAUACCGAUAUCACCUACUCGCUCUACAUCCGCCGCCUGCCCCUGUUCUACACCAUCAACCUCAUCAUCCCCUGCCUCCUCAUCUCCUUCCUCACCGUGCUGGUGUUCUACCUGCCCUCCGACUGCGGCGAGAAGGUGACCCUCUGCAUCUCCGUGCUGCUCUCCCUGACCGUCUUCCUGCUGGUCAUCACCGAAACCAUCCCGUCCACCUCGCUGGUCAUCCCCCUGAUCGGCGAGUACCUCCUGUUCACCAUGAUAUUCGUCACCCUGUCCAUCGUCAUCACCGUGUUCGUGCUCAACGUCCACUACCGAACGCCCACCACGCACACCAUGCCCACCUGGGUGAAGGCCGUCUUCCUGGACUUGCUCCCCAGGGUCAUGUUCAUGACCAGGCCAGCCGGCAAUGAGGACCCCCUGGUGCAGAAGCCCAAAGCCGUGCAGGGCGCCGAGCUCUCAAACCUGAACUGCUUCCGCCGGCCCGAGGGCCCCCCAGGCUGCCGGGAAGGUUCUCACUGCCGGGACGGGCUGUGUGGCUCCUGCCGGCAGCCACGCAAGGUCAAGGUCUCCAAUUUCAGCGCCAACCUGACUCGGAGCAACAGCUCCGAGUCCCUGGAGGCCAUGCUGUCCCUCUCGGCCCUGUCGCCGGAGAUCAGAGAGGCCAUCCAGAGUGUCCGGUAUAUCGCCGAGAACAUGAAAGCGCAGAACGAAGCCAGAGAGAUCCAAGAUGAUUGGAAGUAUGUUGCCAUGGUGAUUGAUCGCAUUUUCCUGUGGGUCUUCAUCCUGGUGUGCAUUUUAGGGACCGCUGGGCUGUUCCUGCAGCCCUUAAUGAUCAGGGAUGAUGCCUAAGUAUUGAAUUCAUGACUCUCUCUCUCUCUCUCUCUCUCUCUCUCUCUCUCUCUCUCUCUCUCUCUGUGUAUGUGUGCAUAUGUGCAGCUGAGAAGGCUUUGCUUUUCGUUUAAAGGUUUCUUGUGGUAAAAUGCAUCGAACAUAAAAUUUACUUUUUUUUUUAAAAACAUGCUUCAGUGUUGGAGGCCCCCAUGAGUUACAAUAUUCCUAGUGUUAAUGUUCCAGGCAUGUGAUGUUCCGCCACUGCACCCACGAGCAGAGUGUCAGCAUCUCUCCACCAAUGUCUCAAGGCAUUUGCCCCCACGGCCCUCUACCUGUACCCCUCAGGCUGUUACCACUGACUGCUCUGUUGCCCCUUACUACGUUUCUCAUCUUAACCAUGACAGUGAUGCAGUGACAGGGAUAUAGAAUUUGAAUUUUUUUUCAUUCAGAAGAAUGUCUUUUCAUUUCAUAGAUGAGUUCCUUUGCUACAUAGAGCUUUUUAGUUUGCUGUUGUCCCAUGUGUUCUUGCUUUGGGUGGUAGACCCAAGAAAUCAUGCCUAGAUUCACAUGGCAUAUGAUACCUACAUUUUCUCCUAGGUAUUUUGUGGUUUAAGGUGUUAUAGUUAAGUCUUUAUUUUGAAUUUUGAAUUUUUUGUGCCUGGUGUGAGAUAGUGAUCUUCUUUCAUUCUUUGGCGUGGGGCUAUCAGCAAUAUUUAUUAAAUAUUGUGGUUUUUCCGUUGUAUAUUCUCAGAUCCUUUGUUGUAAAUGAUUGCCCAUAUGUGGGGGUUUAUUUCUGAGCUCUGCGUUCUGUCUCAUUGAUCUGUGUGUCUGUGUCUUUAUGGCAGAACCAUACUGUUUUGGUUACUAUAGUGUGAUGUUUUCUCCUAGGACUGGAUAAAGACGGAUAGUGUCUCCUUGCACACAGCUGACCUGUGUUCAAUCCCAGGUGCCACAUAUGGUCCCCUAGAAGUGGAAUCACUGUAGGAGUAACUCCGAGCACGGAGCCAGCAGUAAGCCCCAAGUACUAUUAGGUGAGGCCUGAAAACCAAAAAAAGAAAAGAAGCUUGGAAGUAUUUUCUCCUAUUCAGUGUUCUUAGAAGAACUGGAGGAUAGGUAUUUUUCUGUGAAGUUUGAUAGAAUUCACUAGUGAAGCUCUCUGCACGCCCCCAUUUUUUAAAGUUGGGAGGUUUUUGAAUACUGACCAUGUCUCCCCACUAGUCCAAUAUUGGUCUGUUUGUAUUUUCUGUUUUAUUUCUGAUUGAGUCCUGAUGUAUUGUUAUGUUUGUAGCAUUUAACUAAUUUCUCAAAACUGUCAAUUUCCUGCCAUUUAACUGUUCACAUAAUCUCUGAUGAGCCUUUGUGUUUCUUUUAGUUUCAUUGGUGACAUCACCUUCAUUUCUGACUUAUCUGAAUCUUUUUCUCUUAGUCUAGCAAACGGUUAUUGCAUUUUAUCUUCUUUGCCCAUUUGUUAAAUCAGGCUUUUGUAGUUAAGAGAUUCAUAUUCUCUACCACUUUAUGGGGUGCCUGUUUGUUCUGUCGAUGGUAUCUUUAGGUACAGAUUUUAAAACAUUCUCAUGAAGUGUAGUUUGUCUGUAUUUUCUUGUACUUUUUAUUGUCUUCUUCUAAGAGAGAUCUUACCUUUCAG